GCAAGGAUUAGGACAAGAAUGGCAUCCUCCUUCAUCAACCAACGGAAGAACAGAUCGUACUAAAGGAAAGGGAAACCCUCACUGCUCCGCAGCUAUCCCGACCGAGAAACUUGCCCCAUCCGUUUCCGGAUUGGUGAUGGCUGGCCCUGAAACAUCGGCCGAGGCCGAACAGCCACUCUCGUUGGUCCCCGACGAAACCUAACAUGUUCGCCCCAUGGGAAAUGACGAAACUGCGCGCCCUUUUCUCUUGGAAUUAUACCUGUUUAACCUUGGGGCUUGGACUUGGGCAUUGGCUAUGGAAGGUACCUAAGCAUUGCCCUACCAGGACUAACGAAACCUACCAAAGGGGAAAGUUUGCGGAGCCAGAAACACACGAGUCAGGACAAGGGGCACACCAGGAGCAGCGAGUGCGGCAGACGCACGCUGGAACUUGCGAUCCAGCGGACGCAUUGCAGCUGAUGUCGCUGUUGCACGGCACCUUCUAGAACCCCAGACUCCAUAGCGUAGGUACCGAGUGAGGGCAAAAGGCCGGUUUAUCCAAGAGUCCAUCCAACCAUGGAAGCCAUGCGGGCAGGCAUCAAUCCAAUUGGGUCCGUCUUUUCCUCCUUAGCGGAAUGCUUUACACCGUAGACGUCCCGUCGAUGUUCUCUCUUCCUUUUUUCUCCUUUCCCGUCAGGUCGGCUCCAUCGUGUGUCGCACACUCGGAGCUAAUGGUAUAG